AUGGCGAAGGUGCACAGCAUUCACGUCUCGGACGCGUCCAUGCGUCCCAUGCGCUCCAUCGAGUCGGCGAGACUCAUCGCGGGCAAGGGCAUCGAGGGCGAUAGGUACGCCACCGGCGAGGGAACGUACGUCGCCUUCCAGGAACCCGGCAGGCAGCUCACGCUCAUCUCGAAGGAGAGCGCGGAGGCGCACCUCGCGGGGGUGGCGAGGGGGCAGGUGUCAGUCGGGAACCUGCGGCGUAACGUGGUAGUGAGUGGGAUGUCCGCUCGCGACCUGGAGGAUGCCAUCGGGUGCGUGCUGAUGCUGGGUGACGCGUGCAGGGUGCGUGUCCAUCGACUCUGCGUCCCGUGCCUGUACAACGAGAAACUCAACCAGGCGCCGGGCUUGAUGGAGGCGGUCUGGUCCGAGGCUGGGGUGAACUGCGAGAUCCUCGCCGGUGGUUCGCUCAAGGUGGGCGACGUCGUCAAGGUGGAAUCCGGCAGCUUCGACGCGUCAUCCAUCGACGAUGGAGGCAAGAAGGCGGCCUUUUACAAACGGCCGAGCCUCCGGACGGAGGACGAGAUCGAAUCCCUCAGAACGCUGCCGAUGGGUAAGCCAGGGGUCGAUCGCAUAGCAGAGGCUUACGCGACGGUGGGUGCGAACGAGGCGGUGGGAAUUGACGACGACUCCGCGCACGCCAUACGAACAAAGGCUGAACUCCGGGCGGUGACGAGCGCGACAAAGGCUCGGAGGCGAGAGGCGUGGAGGGCGCAGCUGAUACUCUGGGCCAUCCUCAUCGUCGUCGUGUCGGGAGUGUACACCAUCUGCGUGCGGGCCAUAUCGUCCCCGGGAUUCACGUGA